UAAAGCGCAACGUACUCACUGUCAAAUUGCUGCGACAGGCACAUGUGCUUACGUGGAUAAGUCGUGCAAGUUUGUAUUUCAUAGAAGAAUUUAAAAAAAAAACAAUUCACGUGCUUGUUUUAUUACAAAGGGUAAAUACUCUAAUGUCAGUGCCAUUGCAAACUGUGUUUGCUUCGACAUCGCAGUGAACAUAAACGGCAUGUCGCGGAAAAUGAAAAAUCCAUUAUUGUCCGCGGCUGGUUCAGGCUUUCCCUUCGAUAAUUACGCAGAAAAUACAUUGCUGGUGCCAGUCACACCUGCGACACCAGCUGUGCUCCGAGAUGAUACUGAGCUGGACAAUUUCAUAGGACAAGAGCCAGUCAAUAUCCAAUCUCAAUCUCCAUUACGGACGAACGAGGAUUCUUCUAUCAAUGCAUCUUCUCAGCCAAAAGAAUACAAGGAUACCGCAAAUCAGCCAGAAAAAUCUGGAUAUCUUACAUCGAUUCUUUCUUCUCUGCCGAAUCUGUCAUUAUCGAUUAAAUCCGAUUCCUCGGGACCGCAAAUAAGUCAGAUACCCGAGAACACCAGCGGAACAACGCACGAACCUAAUCCUUAUAUAACACCGCAAGGAUAUCAUGGUUUUCCAUUGGAAACACCAGGAUUCUUAGCAAUUAAUCCUCAGGAUUCUCGAAAUACAAACUUGUCAGGAUUUACUGCUUUUCCUACUGGUACUGUACCCAAUCCUCCUCAGCCGGCAGCUCCACCCAGUAUAUCUCAACCCGGCUAUGCGCCCGUUUCUUAUCGACUUGGUAAUCAACGACGCUUGAAGUAUGCACCGCCGCCUGAUCUAACGUCUAACACCGCAAAGCCAUAUCCGAAUCCUGCAUUACAGACGUUCUUGCCGACUCAAAAUGUCUCUGCACCACCAACUAUUUUGAAUCCAUAUGAAUCGGAAGGAUUGGCGCAGGGUAACAAUUCUAGUGUACAACAGACUAGCUGUUUGCCCGAACAACUUCCAACGUCUGAGCAGCUAUCGCGAAAUAGCUCUCUCCACAGCUCGUUUCGUUCCAGUCCAAUCGCAACAGGAGCGCAGUAUAAUUCAUCUAUAACGUCUACAAAUCAGAAUCCAUUUUUUGAAAGUUCUUCCGUGUCUACGCAAUUUCCUUCGUCAUUGUCUAGACCGAUACCUACACGGAUAUUGGAGCCUGCAACGCCUCAGAACACUCCGGCGAACAUCUCUUUUCCUGGCUUUGCUCCUUACAUAAACCAGGAUCUACCACCAACAUCUAAUUCCGAUAAAGAAAUAGCUGUGAUUAAGAACCCUAAUCAGCUAAAUUUACCGCCGGAAUUUUCGAAAGGCGGCACCCUUGAGACGACCGCAGAAUCUACAAAUAAACCGAUAUUAAUAUCGGGAGAAACCGAUGCGACAUUCACACCAAUAUCAGCAGCCAAGGUGACAGAGAAAUUAGAACAUUUACUUGCGGAACAGCAGGAAAAUUCGUCCGUAGCAACUCCUGAAACUCUUACAGAAGUUGACAAAACGCCCAGCGUUACUACCGAAUUAACAAAAUCUUUCGAAUCGCAAAGCGACGCGCUAAAGACUACAAAUGAGAUAAUCAAUAAAUCAAAUGAGGCGAAGUUGAAUGAUGUACAAGAGAAAGCAGUUCAACCUGGAAGUGACACAUGGAGUGACGUGUUUCUUGGGCAAGAGUCAACGACGCAAUCAGUGAUCUUCCCGGAAAUACAUACUACUGAUAACAGUCUGAUUGCAAUAACUCCUCAAUCGGCUAAGUCGAACGCACAUCCGCCUCAACAGCAUUACCAAACGCAAUCGAUAUCUAUGUCAAGCUCCACACUUUAUACAGAUGAGCCUGCGGAACAAAAGUCCAGCUUAAAUUACGUAUCACCUAUCCAACUUCCGCAAACUUGUUCUUCUGUCGAUUUCUACAACGUAUCAAAACCAACGGAGCAGUCGGCAAAUGUGUUCUUUGAAUCAGCGAAACCAAAUCGGUUUCCAAGUUUUUCGUCGCAGGAAACAAAUACAAAUUCUCCAUUUGCACAAUCAGUAGCUGAUGCAACAAAUGCAACAAAUUUGCUGCAAACUCAAGAAAAUUCCGCAUUUGAUUCUAACGCGAUGAAGGUGUUAAGCGCUGCAUCCAGCCAGCCGCCAUAUACAACGUCUAACCAAUCGGUAUACACUGCUCCCAUCCAACAACCAGCGCCAGUAUUCUAUGAUCCUGCCCAAUUUGCGAAUGAACCUUCUAAACAACUGACUUUUCCACAUACAUACGACCAACUUUCUUCUCAACAAUCAUAUCAAAAUCCGCCGUUUUACGGAAAUAAUACUGGGCUGCAACAACCCUACGCUAUUCCUGAAAAUAAUACUGGAUAUUCUUCGCCCGCUGUAUCGGCGACAACGUCAGUACCUGAACCAACGGGAUCAGCCACACUUAGUCCUGUUCAAAUGUCGGUUAAUUCGCCAACCAAUCGCAUUACACCAGAUACCAUUCCACCAAGUUUUCAAAGUUGGGCUUCUGGAUCUUCCGACAAACAAAUGCAAUACAGAUCAGUAUAUCAUCAUUGGUUUUACCGUAAGGAAGUGGAGAACAAAACGUUAUGGCUACCAUUUUCCAUGCAAGACAGCUUAAAACUUGAAGAAGUUCAUAAUUCAAGCGAUAUCACGCCCGAAACUACAGUAGCUACUGAUGGCGGUCGUUAUGAUGUUGAUAUCUUACGUCGUCAAAGAGCACCAGUCUAUUGGACUGGAACAUCUAAUGAAGUUAGGCGAUGUUCUUGGUUUUUCAAGGGAGCAACUGAACCGAGAUAUGUUCCUUACAAUGAGAGCACUGCUGCCAAACUUGAGGAUGAAUAUAAGCUGGCAUGUCUCUCGAACAACUGGAAUCGAAGAAUUGAAUUAAGUAAUGGAGAAUAUAUUGUCUUCCAUAGUGCUACAGUGCAGGUUCAUUACCUACAACCGGUUUCUCCUGACGUGGCAGGAUCUUGGGGAAAUAACGCUGCUUCAGAGGACAGUACAUAUUUACAGGGUUCUGCAAGUAGACCAAAAACUGUUAAAAGAGGAGUAGAUGAAUUCAAUAUAGAUGAGGGUGAGCCUGAAAAAGUGGAUCAUCUUCUGUUUCUUGUACACGGUAUUGGUAGUGUUUGCGAUCUGAAGUUUCGCACUGUAGAAGAAGUUGUUGAUGAAUUUCGAAGUAUAUCAUUUCAAUUGGUGCAAUCACAUUAUCGUACUGCAUGCGAGCAAGGAAUUGUAAAUAGAAUAGAAGUUUUACCGAUUUCCUGGCAUACAACACUUCAUUCAGAUACGGGAAUUGAUAAACGACUACAAGCUAUCACAUUGGAGAGUAUUCCGAAACUGCGACAUUUUACUAACGAUACUUUACUUGAUAUACUUUUCUAUACUAGUCCUAUAUAUUGUCAAACUAUCAUGCAAACAGUCGGAAGUGAGCUGAAUAGAUUGUAUUCACUAUUCAAAGAAAGAAAUCCUAUCUUUGAUGGAGAAGUAUUCUUAGGCGGUCAUUCAUUAGGUAGUUUGAUCAUGUUUGAUUUAUUGUGCCAUCAAACACCUGAGAAAGAAGAUGAAGAUAUGGACAACGAGGAAGAAGGUGACAGUAUUGGGCCUAUUCAACCAAUGCCUGCAGCUAUUAUCAAAAGACGUCUUAGUAGAAAAGUCAGCUAUGUAAUGGGAACUGCAGGAACAGGCCAGCCUUAUAUACAUUAUCCGCAACUCACUUUUCGCCCGGGUGCCUUCUUUGCUCUUGGUAGUCCGAUUGGCAUGUUCGUAACGGUCCGAGGCAUCGAUACUCUAGGAGAAAAUUUUACUUUGCCUACUUGUCCGGCUUUCUUCAAUAUCUUUCAUCCGUUUGAUCCAGUAGCUUAUCGAGUAGAGUCCUUAAUUAAUCCUGAGGCCAGCAAUUUUCGACCUAUGCUGAUACCACAUCACAAAGGCAGGAAGAGAAUGCAUUUAGAAUUAAAGGAGACGAUGGCACGUGUCGGAGCGGAUUUGAAACAAAAAUUAAUUGAUUCUGUAAGGCAAACAUGGAACUCUUUCUAUCAACUAGCCUUAUUUCAUAAGCCAGACAAUCAAAUUUUUGAACGCGAAAUUGAUAAAGUCGUCGAAGAACAAUUACACAAACCACCAAGCGUACCAGAUCAACAUAACAACGAUGAUGAUGGUGUCAAUUUAAAAGUAGGAAAACUUAAUGGUGGUCGCAGAAUAGAUUACGUUCUUCAAGAAGCGCCUUUUGAAUAUAUUAAUGAAUAUAUUUUUGCUCUUACAAGUCAUAUCUGUUAUUGGGAAUCUGAAGAUACUAUGCUUUUAAUAUUAAAAGAAAUAUAUGGGUCUAAAGGUAUUCAGACCGAUGCACAACUUCCUCAGCAGUCAAUGUCAAUUGAGAGAAUGUCUCCUUCUCCAUCUUUGAAUUUUGCAGCUGCUUUGUUACCCAGUAAAAAUAAUAUAAGAACAUCAUUUGUUAUGGGCGUAGAUCCUACAGUGCCUAUGUCCAGUAAACCUGUCGGUCCACCACCUAAGACUGGUUUUGUACCGAAAUCCUGAUCGAUGGAAUAUUUUUCCCCUAAUUAUAUGCUGCGAGAUUAAAUUGGAACAGAAAUUAAUCUUAUUUUUAAUUAAUAUUUAAAAAAGGAGCAAUUAGGUUGACAUUAAAAAAAUGGAA